GGUAACCAUCCAGUUCUGGCGGCAGAAAUAAAACUUUUGCUAAAUUUCCUGUAAUAAUGAAUUUGCAAUGAUUCUGAUUAAUUCUUCUUCUUAAUUUAAGCAUGCUAAGGUCACAAAAACAAAAUAAGCCUCAAAAAAUGGCAAGAACACUUUCUAAAGAAAUCUAUUCAGAAAAGAUGUAUACUAAAGAAGAAGAUAUUUUAGAUGAACCAUUAGCUUUACGCAUCAUGAGAGAAAUGGAAGUAGUACCUCUGGAGGAUACUCUUUCUUCUGACGAAUCUCUCUUACCAAGUGUACGUGUUCCACCCAAAAAAUUAAGAAAGACUUUGAAAGUUAAAAAGAAAUCUGUAAAUCUGUCUUCUGGAAGGUCUCAACCACAAACUUCUGUAAGGCCUCAUCUGAUAGAACUUUCAGAUGAUAUUGUUUUGUUUAGAAAAUUGAAUCUUUCACAGCCAUCAGGAGAAGAUCCAUUUGCAAAAUUAUCUGAUGAAAUCAUUUUGCAUAUAUUUAAAUGGUUACCAAAGACAAUUUUGGUAAAAUGCUCACAAGUUUGUAAAAGAUGGAGAAAUCUGAGUUAUGAUGAAACGUUAUGGAGAAGGUUUGAUUUGGGAAGAAAGUUUAUAAAACCAGGUGUACUUGGAACUCUUUUAUCACGAGGAGUUAGUGUAUUACGAUUAGCUAUGUCUGAGGUAAGACUUCUAAAACUCUUGUCUGAAACAAAUAGUACAUAA